CCCUCAGGACUGAGUCCUUUUGGGGAUUGCCAAGGGUGGCCGAGGCAUUUAGGGGAAGGAGCCCCAAGUCCAGUCCCCUUACCCGAGGCCAGCCAGGCUGUGGGAGGCUCUGUGGUUGAGACCCUCCAAAGGGGAAGACACAGUAAGCUCUGUGUCCUGACGUGGCCCAUGUCACCAAGCUACAAACAGGAGAGAGUGGAACAUCUUGACCGGCCGUCCGUGCCCAAAGCCCAGAGUACCCCCAGCGCCACCAUGACUGGGCCGCUAAAGAGGAAGUUUGACCAGCUGGAUGAGGACUCCUCCUCGCUCUGCUCCUCUUCCUCCUCCUUGUCCUCGGGCCGCCGUUCUGGCUCCUGCUCCCCGAGCUCUUCCGUCUCCCUGGCCUGGGACUCAGAUGAGGAGGGCCCCUGGGAUCAGAUACCCCUGCCUGACCGUGACUUCUGUGGCCCCCGGAGUUUCACCCCCCUGUCCAUCCUGAAGAGGGCGCCCCGGAAGCGCCCAGGCCGCGUUGCCUUCGAUGGCAUCACCGUCUUCUACUUUCCUCGGUGUCAGGGCUUCACCAGCGUGCCCAGCCGCGGUGGCUGCACGCUGGGUAUGGCCCCCCGCCACAGCGCCUGCCGCCGCUUCUCCUUGGCCGAGUUUGCACAGGAGCAAGCCCGGGUUCGGCGGGAGAAACUGCGCCUGCGCUUGAAGGAGGAGAAGCUAGAAGCCCUGCGAUGGAAGCUCACGGAGGCUGGCGUACCCGAGACGGAGGCCGGCCUGCCACUCACAGUGGACGCGAUCGAUGAUGCCUCCGUGGAGGAGGACUUGGCCGUGGCCGUGGCCGGUGGCCGGUUGGAGGAAAUGACCUUCCUACAGCCCUAUCCGGCCCGGCGCCGGCGGGCUCUGCUGCGGGCUGCGGGAGUGCGGAGGAUCGAUCGCGAGGAGAAGCGGGAGCUGCAGGCCGUGCGCCAGUCCCGCGAGGACUGUGGCUGUCGCUGUGACCGGGUCUGUGACCCCGAGACCUGCAGCUGCAGCCUGGCGGGCAUCAAGUGCCAGAUGGACCACACCGCGUUCCCCUGCGGCUGCUGCCGGGAGGGCUGUGCGAACCCCAAGGGCCGCGUGGAAUUUAAUCAGGCGCGGGUGCAGACCCAUUUCAUCCACACGCUCACCCGCCUGCAGCUGGAGCAGGGGGCUGAGAGCCUGGGGGAGCUGGAGGCUUCCGCUCAGGGCGGCCCGGCCAGCCCCGGUGAGCAGGCGCUGGCUCCCACUUUCCCGCCUGCCAAGCCCCCCGCGAGCAGCGAGCUGGGAGACGACAGCUGUAGCAGUGACAUGACCGACUCCUCCACAGCUUCAGGCACGAGCGAGACCCCCAGCGGCCCCACCCGCCCAGCCCUGCCCGGCCCUGGCUUCCAGCCUGACAUGGAUGAUGACAGCCUGGCCCGGGUCCUGAGUUUCAGUGACUCGGACCUGGGAGGAGAGGAGGAGGAGGAGGAGGAAGGGGGAGUGGGGACCCUCGACAACCUCAGCUGCUUCCACCCAGCUGACAUCUUUGGGACUGGUGACCCCGGUGGCCCAGCCAGCUGGACCCACAGCUAUUCCAGCUCCAGCCUCACGUCAGGCAUCCUGGAUGAAAAUGCCAACCUGGAUGCCUGCUUCUUCCUAAACGGUGGCCUUGAAGGGUUGGGAGAAGGCAGCCUCCCGGGCACCUCGGUGCCGCCCGGCUCGGACGCUGGCCAGAGCAACUCCGUGGACCUCAGCUUGUCUUCCUGCGACUCCUUCGAGCUGCUCCAGGCCUUGCCAGACUACAGUCUGGGGCCUCACUACACCUCCCGGAAGGUGUCCGACAGCCUGGACAACCUCGAGGCACCCUACUUCCCCUUGCCUGCCUUCUCUCCGCCUGGGGACGCGGGCUCUUGCUUCCUGGAGUCCGUCAUGGGCUUGCCUGACUCAGCCGCCGAGGCCCUGGCUCCCUUCAUAGACAGCCAGUUGCUUGAGGACACCGCCCCGGCGUCUCUGGUGGAGCCUGUGCCCGUGUAAGGCCCCGGGGCACCUUGUCACGGCCCCAAGAGCCCUGUUGCUGCUUUGUUGUAAUUUGGGGGCUCCCUGAGGCCUGUAGGUAAGGGUCUCCCGUUGGCUGGCUCGCCCGUGCGGGCACUCCUGAUUUUUGUGCAACACUCUGGAUUGAUUUAUUUAUUUUUGUAAGUUUCUGUGCCGAAGAGAGGGCGGGGAGGGGGCCUUCCCUUUCCGCCACCCUGCUCCCCCGCCCCCCAAGCACACACAGUCUCUCCUUCCACUUCCACGGUGUGCGUGCCAGGGACAGGAGGACGUAAGCCUUCCCUGGAGCUUCGCAGACCCCUUUUCGGUCUCAGAUGAUGUUCCUUAGCCCAAAGACAGCAAGACAGGGCAGCAAUCAGCCACUUCUUACGGCUUCUCCUGCCAUCCUGAGCCCCAGACCCAUGGGUGGCCGCGUUCUCUGGACUCUAAAGACUAUAAUUUAUUUCCAUAAUUUAUUUGGAGACUAGGAGGUGUCGGCCUCUCCCCCCCGGCUGGCGGGCAAUGCUGGGGUUGGGGUGGGACACAGACCCCCGUGAGUCCCUUUUGCCUUGUAGUCCUAUAUCCCUGCCCUUCCUGGGCUUUGGUAUAAACCAGGUGUGGAUUUGGGCCCUGUGGUCUGCUGUGGCAGCUGCCUGGCCCCGGGUGGCUGAGGACAGCAUCCAGGCAGGGGGCUGGGUGGGGUUGACCAACCGUGACCAAAACCUGCCCCACACGGCCUCCUCUUUUUCCUGUCCUCUGCCAUAUCUUCCUCCUCCCCAAAGGUCACAGCCUUCAUGCUGGGCCCAUCAGUGUAGAGGCGGAGCAGGAAGCCCCAGCGAGGGCAAGGGGCUAGCCUCGGGGCCCACAGCACGCCCCUGACCACUAUCUCAGGGCUUUCUGGGCACGCAUGCCAGCCUGGGCCGCCUGCCCAUGCCCUGAGGCCACCUGGCUGGGGUGAGGGGCGGCUCCUUGUGGCUUUUAUGCCGUUUGUUUGCUGAUGUUAAGUUUUGCAUCCUAAUUUCUAUAUCGUCCCUGAGUGUUAGAGCUAUAUAAUUUAUUCAUCUUUCUCCAUGUCUGUGCCAAGAAGCCCAGGCUGUGGGCCUGCCUUCUUGCCUAGGAGGCCUUACCAGCUUGCGUGCUUGUGGGAACACCUUGUACCUGAGCUUACAGGUACCAAUAAAGAGGCUCUAUUUUUAA